AUGUACGGCUGUAACAGUCACCCCGUUACUCUGCAGAUAUUAAAGUGUGAGAGUGAAAUGGUGAGUGAGGGACCCUCACAUGAAGCUGCGGGGGUCUUUGAACAGAAAAGCUUCUGCACCCUCUGCUCUGAGACAAAGCCUCCUUCUGCGCCCUGCAGGAUGCCUGGACACAUCAGAUCAGUGUCUGUUGUGUGGGUGGUGUUGGUCUGUCUGGUGUUCUGCAGGAGACUGACCAGCAUCGGUGCAGCACCCAUCUGUACCAACGCUCAAGCUGGGUGCCACGUAGUCUCCCUGGCCAACCUGUUUGACCGGGUCAUCCAGCACUCGGCCAGGAUGCACGGCAUCUCGAACGACCUUCACUCUGAGUUUGAGCAGUACUUCCUGCCCAGUAAGAAUCAAAUUGGCCGGGUCGGUCGCAACUGUCACACCUCCACCAUCUUCACCCCAAAUGGCAAGGAGAACGCUCAGAGAAUGGCGAGAGAGGAGCUGACGGAGGUGAUUCUGAAGCUCCUGGUGGCGUGGAGGGAUCCUCUGUGGCAUUUCCACCAGAGCAUGGCUCACCAGCACGACUUCAACAACUUCAGCUCCAAUAAAGCUCUGGAGAUGAGCGACAUGGUGCACGAGCUACGCAAAGGUGUAGAGAAAGUGGCUGAGAAGAUGCAGACGUUGGGGCUCAUCAGUAACUCCGUCAGCAGCCAGGCUUCUCCUGAGGCUUGGCUGCCGUCUGACAGUGCCGAAUGGCGCCUGAUGAAAGACUACGACCUCCUCUACUGCUUCCGCCGAGACUCCAACAAGGUCCAGAACUACCUGAAGAUCCUCAAGUGUCGCAUCGUUCCCGAGUACGGAUGCUGAAGGCCAGAAAACACUUCCAGAAAUAUCCA